AUGGGGGAACCGCAUCGCUUCAGCAAUCCUUCUUUCUUAAUUUUUUUCUCGCAAAGUCGCGCGUGUGCUUGUUCAGGGCCAAAGGACACCUGCCAAAAAAUAAAACAAAAUCAAAAGGAGGACAGGGGAGAACAUAAAGCGGAGAAGGGCCAUAGACAAUUUUACAUGGCUCUCUCUGGUCACUAUGUGUGUUUCUCUGGAUUCUCCGAUGAAGUCGACGAGGACGAUGCAGUUAGUACUGUAACAGCGGCACCCGCAAACGGGGAGAUGAGUGGGGCAGUGUCACUUCGCCAGGUAACGAAUCUCGCUUCUUCGCUUGGGGCAAAAACGCAGACGCGCAUCACAAAACGGACAACCAUUCUUGUCGCUGGGCGAGGACUUACUCGUAAACGCCUUGUAGCGGAGCAGCAGUCGAUACCUGUCGUGUCAUUGCGGUGGUUGGAAUCACAUGGCCGCCUUCCCAUUAGUGACUGUCGUGUGCCUCUUCUUCAUGGUUAUGUUUUCUGCGCAACGCAGUUGACUGUGGACGAGGAAAGAGCUCUCACUUCUAUCAUCGAAAGUAAUGGCGGAACCUUUAGUCGAACACUCUCGGCGUGUAUUUCCAUGCUUUUUGUUUCCCCCGAUUGGUUGAAGCAGUUCCAACAAUUACAGCAGAAACACGGUCGUCCCUCAACAGCAAUGCGUGACGGUGCUGCGGCCGGACCGAUUCUCCCAGAAAAAAUUCGUUUUGCAUGGGCCACCAAUAUCCCUGUUGUAGAGCACACGCGUUUCCUUUCAUUGGCUGCACUGCAAAGCACCUGUUUGGGUGGAAACUCCAACGGUUGCGAUGCUGGCUUAUCUCGUACUGACUUCGAGACGAUCGCCGAACUUUGUGCACUACCAAGCUCUGUUGUUGGUGGUGUGGUGCCGCAUACGCAGGUUGCCGGUUCCGUAGGGAAUGCAGCAACAUCCGUCGCGGGACAUGUAGUGGUGGAUAUCGACAACAAACCGUACAGGAAGAGGGCCCGCGAUGAAUGCAAUAGUGCUUUGUCUAGUGAUGAUUCGCAGCGUGCAAUCAGAAUAGUGUCCCCCGAAAGACAAGCAACGGGUAGCCAUCAUUUGAGCACUUCGCAGAAGUUGUUUGGAACAUGGAAUACUUCGCACACUGGAAGUGAGUGCUGUGCAACGGGUUUUCCAAUGGGGGAUGAAAACGCAGUGCUGGAUGCGCCGCCCCCGCUUCACCUUUCAACGAGUGGUGCAACGCUGAAUCCAUUUUCUUCCGUUGCUGACCCUCAUCCCAUUCCAACCAACAGCGGUAUGACCGGUGAGGUGCGACUUCAAAACUGUAUGACUAGCUCUACCUCUCUGGAGGCAAGUCGGAGCAAUGGUGACAAGGACAUAUUUGACUUUUGUGAAACAUUCUUUACACAUAGUCGACCUUUCCUGCAGAUAUCACUAUUAGGUUGUACUCCGCCGCAGUUAGUGGAUUGUGCACGUAUGGCCGUACGCUGUCGUUUUCUGCGCACACCCGUUGUCACACCCUUCACAGAUGUGGUCGUGGUAGGCAGCGAACUGGUGGACGAAGACAUAAAAGAGGCAACACGUAUGGCUGCGGUCGCAAGUGAGGACCAAAAGCAGAAAGCCAUGCUGCUUGCGCAGCUGCGUGACCACCUGAGUGUGACAUAUGGAAUCCCGGUAGAACGCAUUGUAACGGUAGGUUGGCUCCGAGAGUGUUGUCAGGUGGCAGCGCAGAUGAGUGCCUCUUCUGGUCAUGAAGCGGAAGAUUUAAUAUUUGAGCCGGUUCCACUUCCCUUGGAGAAACUUCCGACGACUGGUAUGUUCAGCCUUCAACCCUUGACGAACAUGGCAGCGUUUAUGGAUUUUGAUCGGCAACAACAGCAACUUCAGCAAGGGAAGGUGAAUCGAGCCGUUCUUCGACCUCGACCGAGAAACAACCCAACAAAUAACCAAGCGACAACUGCUGAGAGUGGUGGUCGUCAACACGACAAAGCCGUAACAACGUCGUCAAAGUCAGUUGAUGAUGCAAGGAAACGUUACGAAGCGGACGCAAGUCUUGCGGUGCAGAAAUUCAACGAGCUAUACGUACUGCUAAAGGGCUCUUCUGAUGACGAAGAGUGCCGUCCUGUAUUCACUAAGUCCUUCUUUUGUUUCGUUGAGAACGACUUUUCACGCGUUGAUCUCAAUAUCGUCCGCGCACUGAUCAAAUACGGUAAAGGUGAAUGGACAAAAAGAUCCCUCAACGAGUGGGUCAAGGUGCUGUCCCGUACAGGAGCCGGUGCCGGUGAAGGGGAAAAGGAAUGUACUGGGGUGAAGGAAAAUGAACCGCGUGAGGACAAUAUCACAUCGAUGAUUCACUACUUCACAUCAGCGUACAGGAAGCUGAUCCGUGCGCAUGAUGCGGGAUCAUUUUCACACAGGAAGGUUUCUCGAGCAGCAGGCGAAACAACUACGCUAGCCCGAUCCGAUAAACCUGGUAACGUUGACACCCCUUCAAAUGGUACUAGACCUGCGGGACCAUUUCAUCACGUUUUUUAUGUCGUGCCGCAUGGAAAUCAGAAACCUUCCGAUGUGCUACUGCUCGGAAGGAACCAACGGCAAGCAGAUACCGCCCCCGCUCGCCACCCGUUUCGCUUUCUUCCGAGCGUCACGCAAGACUACAUUUUGUGCUCGCUGGCGGCACGUCACCUAUUACAACCCAAAAGUUGCUUUCUUUUUUAUAGAUCAACACCUACAGAGGCGGAGCGACUGGCACGGCAGCAGUUAUUGCGCCGUGGUGAUGUCACCACCAAAGGAGGGAUGCCCUUAGCACCAUCACCGUGGCUUGGCCGCCGCCGGAAUGAAAAAGCUCCACUCAUCGGUGUAACUGUGUACUUUUUAUGUCUGAUGCCCUCUAAAUCAGGACAACAAGGAUGCGUUAUUGACGAUCAGGGGUUUGAGACGCUGACUGCGCUUCGUCGGGUACUUUUGAACUGCCUUGGUGCUGCUGUUAGCGAACUAUGUGGUCACCGAGCGGAGAAGUUGGUGCUGGAAGCUGUCACGCAUGUUGUGCUUGUGGAUGUUGCAACCAUUUUUCUUUCUAAAAUCCCCCAGGUUGUGGACGAGGUGGCGGUGGGUGGCUCGUCAGCAGUUUCUGACAUUCGCUGCUGCUUUAGGACGGGCGAUGUGGAUGAGCGAAAAAGUAUGGAUGCACUACUCUCCCGCGGUAGCACGUGGCCUUGUGAGGUGCACCAGGAAUUGCUACCGCAAAGGUUAGUACAGUAUGCUGCAUCCGAUCGUGUCUCAUUAGUCGGGUUGGAAUGGCUGGAGGCUAGUGUGGCAUGGGGCACUUUUCUUGAUGAGAAACCUUUUGCCUUACCAACGACACUCACUCGUCAGCAACCACACAAGGAAAAUAGGGCGGUUGAAGGUGAAACCGUCAUUGGUGGGCCCCUAGUUUACUCUGCCGUGACGCCACCCGCUACACCAGUACGAGAAACUGACGUGACGCUACUCCCAUUCAGUAGCGCAACAUGCCACAGCCCGGUUUUCCAGUCACCGCAACUUGCUGUCAACUACCAAUUCGAUUUUACAACGCCAGGUGCUACGCCAGCUCGGGCUACAUUGCGCACCCCCGGGCAGCAACGUGCCAGCACACCCCGGUUUGCAUCGCCUUCUGCCCAUGUUAAAGCGGCUUUGGUGGGAGAUGAGGAGACGUUUCCCCCCAUUGGCUUUCUAUGUGGUUUAUCACGGGGGAAGUCUAACACGCCAGCAAGACUUGAGGAAAAUAUGGCGGAUAACAGCCCAAGUAGUGCGAACGCGUGCACACCCGUUCGCCGCACCCUUUUGUUGGGUGACGUUAGCGACGACGAGGAAAAUGAACUAAAGGCAGCUGAUAGUCACCUCUUGAGAGCUGGUGAUGAGAACCGCCACAACAAACCAUGUGAUGGUGGAUCUGUAGUCGAUCAUGGCCCGCUGACUUCCGUUGGUAGAAAGUAUUCCAGAGAAGUUCAGGAGAUGCCGCAGCUGUGGGAUCCCGAGGGAAGUAGGAGCAGUGACGCUGUUAUUGAUAAGCGACUGGCUUUGCCCUCCGCGGCUGCUGGUGUUGUGUCGAAACAACGCUCAAAAAUUAUUUUCGACGCUCCACGCAUUUAUAUUCCGCAUGAUGUCCCGGGGAAGGAUUGCUUCGUCGCAUUUUGUGACGAGCUGAACAGUCGUGCCCCCCGCAGGAACUGUGAUGGGGAUCAGGAUGAGGCUGCCGAUAUUAUGGGCCCGGCAUGCCCUCAACAACAGCAUCUUCAUUGUGCAUCUGAGACCGCAAAGGUCAUUAGUCGUGUGCAACUUGUGCACGGCACUCGCGAGGCAGAUAUUUUGGUAACGCACCAGCUAACACAGAGGGAAAGUGUCCUUGCAGCCAUCGCUGCGGGGCUGUGGGUGGUAACCCCGAAGAUUCUGGAAGAUUGUGAAAACCGUCAGUGUUUUGGGCCACUCCACGAUCUCUCCAUGCACGAAUGGACCCCCGAGCUCCUCCCACCGGAUGCACCACGAUGCACUCGCCAGCUCGCCAUGCAGUGCCGCAACAGGCGGCUACAGCGGCAGGCCACGGGGAAGCUCUUAUUUGAAAAUAAGUACUUUAUUUUGGUCAUUGUAGCAGCUGAUGCUUCACCAGCGGUUACCGCAAGGGCCCACUCAAUGCGGAACGUUCUCGAGACCGGCGGAGGUGUUGUGGAAUGGGCAAUGUGUUGGAAAAUUGGUAACGAAGGAACUGCAGCACUCCAACUGGGGGAAAGCGGGAGUGAAGGAAAGAAACUUCACGGGCCUAACGAAGUCACAGGGUUAAAGAAGUGCCACAUACCCCCACGGAAGUCUCCAAACACACUACUCGACUUCGUUCUCGUGCAAAUAAAGGGAACAGAAGAGGCAGUUGUGGGAGGCGUGGGAUGUGGAAAUGUCUUUCCAACAAAAGAGAUUAUUCUUCUAAUAGAUGAACCACAUCAAGAAGACGCUCUUGUUGGGGAGAUACGCGGCGGCAUCGUAAAGGUUUUCCAAAAUGCGAAGGAACAACUGGUUAGGGCAAAGCAAGAAGCUCAGGGGAAAAUGCGAGGUGAGCUUCAACAAGUAGCUCAGAAAAGUGAAUCUCGUUCGACUGCCGUGGGUGUGGAUCCGUUUCAGCAGAGUAUUAAAUGUGAUGGUCAGUCAACCCGUGUUGCAGGCGGUAAAGACGCUUGGAAAAUAGCGGGUGGCUGUGGUUCAUCUGGCGACAGCGACAGUAACAUGAGUGGUAGCGUUAUUAGGGGCAUGCCUCAUGUGGGGGUGUUGAGUGUCUUCAAAUCGGAUUGGGUGACACUUAGCAUUCAGCAACGACGGAAGGCACCCCUUUGUACGGUGAACAUUUCACUUUAG